UUGACGCAUGCGCAGCUAGUGACUCAAGUCAAAUGGAGGCUGUUUGAAACGUCUUGUGCUGUGAAAAAACAAACACGACUAUUUUGGUUUAAGUAUUUACCAGCUAGUUACGUUUGCAGAGGGCGGUCGCUAUGGACUGCAGUGUUGAUGGUGCAGAGGAGGUGGAGAACGAUAGCUUGACAUCUCGCACUGGAAUAGAGUCCCCUGUAAUGGACCGUAACCCAUCGCCACCCCCAGAAACGGCUGAUGGAGAGGAGGACGAAGAUUUGGAUGCCAUUGGAGACACUGUGUACAGCAAGCACUGGCUUUUCAGCACCCUGACUCGUCUCAUCCAUAUGGUCACAGAGCAUGCAGAGAAGGACUCUGAAGGUCAAAUGCAGCUCCCUGAUGAUGAUGAGGAAGAUCUGUGUAGAGUCUGGGAUAUGGCAAUGGAUAAGGAUGUGGCUGGUUUCCUGCAGGAAUUCAAAGCUACAGAUAUCCUCCUGGGGGUGAUAGCCAAAUCUCAUUGUCCACGUCUCACUGAAAUUUGUGUGGGAAUCCUUGGAAACAUUGCUUGUUUUCCUGACACUUGUCUGACUCUCAGCCAAAAUCAAGAUUUAGGCGCUGUGCUGUUGCUUCUUCUCGGAGAUACAGAUCCUCCAACGCUUCUGGAAACAAGCAGAUUGCUGCUGACCUGUGUCUCUCAGAAAGAUGUUAGUUCCCUGUGGCUUCAGCGAAUACGACAGCAGACGUCUGUGCGUUCCCGCCUCUGUUUCAUCAUGUGCAGUUCUACCAACACUGACCUGCUUGAGAAGGUUGGAGAGCUGGUUGACAAACUGUUUGAUCUUGACGAAGAGCUGAUGAAGAGUUGGAUCACAGCUCAGCCAAGAGAGGAGGAGGAGGAUGAUGGUGAAAGCUGUCUGGACGUGGCCUCAUGCCUUCUUGAGGCAGCCAAGCAGCUUAGACAAGAGAGUCCGAAUGGCUUGGAGGUUUACCUUCAUGCCCUCCAACUCCUCACCACCAUAGAUGAGGGCAUUCAGGUUUUUGCGGCCCCUGAUGGACCCGGCAAAGCAAUAUGGGACUUUGUUUGUGGGGUGGUAUGUGAGGACCUUUGCCAGCCAAAUGAUCCUCCAGUUGUCCUGCAAGAGCAGAAGAGCAUUUUGGUUCAGGCGUUUUCUGUGCUUCAGGCUCUUCAUAGUUGCCAGGAGCAAUGGCCCAGCAAAAGUGACACAAGUCCCUCCCUUAUAGCGACCAUUUUGCGGGUGCUCCAGAACCACAGUGAGUGCAAAGAUGAUGGUACCAACAAAGAAAGCACAAAAGAUGAACUGCUCCAGACCCUGGCAGAGAUCACAGCUGAGUUUCUAGCUGACAUCUUCAAUCAGAUCACCAAGGACACUGUGGCAGAUUUGGUGAAUAAAGGUUUUCUGACAGAGAAGACAUGUCUCAUAGCUGCUGGCAGUUUACUGCCCAACUUUAAGACUUCGUUUCAGCACCUGCAGCUCAUGUUGGCAGAGACUGAUCCCCAGCUGGCAGACGUGGUGAGGAAACAGUUUCCUGACUGAGACACAGAUCAGUGUUCAGCACUCAUCCUGACUCUCACCACUGCUUUUUAUAGUGGACUUUAUUUCCUCUCCAAAGAUCCUGCUACAAGUCAGAAUAUUUGCAUUUCCACCGGAAAGACUCGGAUGUCACACCAAGUUACGCUUAUGUUUUAAGUUUUUACUUGUUUUUAGAAUACUAUUUUUGUAUUAAUUAAAUAAUGUCUUUUUAUUGAAAACAAUAUGUGCUUGUAAUUUUUACUCAAACAUUUUUAUCAUUGCUGGAUGCACAGGCCUCAGUCAAACAGCAGAACAGUCUAUAGAGAGGUGCUUCACUUUUUCAACCUAAAGAAUCAACAGAAAACCAUAACAAUAAUAUUAAUAAUAAUAAUAAUGAUAUUAAUGGCUUUCAUCGGACUACCUUUGCACAUAUCACUGUAAAAUUACAGAGCAUUUAUAUGAAGGCAGUCAAUUGACAUCCAAAUUCAUUAACCUGUGAGCAUGUUCUCUUUUUUAUUUUAUUUAUUUAUUCUUUAUUAUUUCAAAAUGUAAAUAAGACACUGGUACAAUGAAGAUCUAACUGUAGUGUUGUACAUGUUACAGUUCAAUGAAGUAUACACUACCUUUGAUAAUUACAUUAUUUUGGGCUCUACUACAUGAAGGCAAAUGUCUGUCAGUCAUGUUUCCAGAAAAUUUGACAUACAAGCCUUCACUGCAGCAUUUAGCCAAAACUUAACAAAAUGUUUCCAUAUUUAUUUCUUAAACAUUAAAUACCUUUAUCACAAAGUAUACAUUGUUUUAAUUAAUCAGUUGUUUUUUUUAAUACAAUGAAAAUAUACAUUUCUGUAUCAAAUUAAAUUGCAUUGAAUGUGUACUGAGUCACCUUUCCAAGCAUAUGAGUAAUGGUGCUAAUGCUGAUGACAACAUCAAGUGUUUACCAGAGGGUGACAGUCACUCGCUAAGGACAAUAAAAUUAGAUGAAAGGCUUGAGCCAGGCAACAAUGAACUCAUUUGGUUUCCAAAUGCACCAUUUCACCCACUCAUGGAGAAGAGCAGGACAGCCUGCGCAUUUUCCAGCAAGCUUACGAAGGCUCUGAAUAUAGCAGCUUUUUAAUUAAAGCUUGGAUUGAUAUGUAGAACACUCUUUCUAAUGGAAAUCCUGAAAUGGUCAGAGUGUAUGCGAGACAGAGAUCACCACCUAUGGGAAAAAAAAAACUGUCUUUUUAAUCCUGCUAUCUUGAAACACGUUCUGAACCUUGACUAGACUCGUGAUGCACAUAGGUGGCCGGUGCCUUGAUCUGCGAGUCAUGUUGUGUUUGUGUUGUAAAUGGCAAGAAUGAUGUAGAUGUAAUCAUGCUUGGCCUUUCAAGAUUGCUUGUGGCCAGUGACUUGCACUUUGCUGGCUGCUCUGUCUUCAGGCUUCGCUCCCGGGCAAGUCAUGUCAUAGAGAUCAGAGUGAAGCCCAGAUGUUUCCUGCUGCCCUGCCAAACUUCAUUGUCAGUCUGCCAGGCUUCACAGCAGCUUGAUAUGAUCUGACUCCAUGAACCUAACGCAGCAGGCCGUUGCUCGUGUGGCCGGUGCUUUAUACACAUCAGUGACGCCAAGGCAUGUCAGGCCUGUCUGAUGCUGAUGCUGGAUGUCAUUUAUUUCUUUUUCUGUUUACCUCUGCCCACAAAACUAACUUGCUGGUUUUUUUUUUUUUAAAUGACCUGACAUUUACCCUCACAGUGAAAUACGUUCUAUUUUGGUCUCUCAUUUGUGUGAAAAUUCAUGUGUUCAAAGUCCUUAUGUAACCCAGAAAGAAUAUAACACUACCUUUCA